CGAUGAGUCGCGGGAAACUGACAGGAAGUAGUUUAGUUUUUGCCGCGAAACACCGAGACCAACCUCGUCCUCGGUAGUUUUCAGUAACGGGGUUUUCCUUUAGAAUAAGAAACGUCCGUCCACGGUUCCAGUCUUCUUUCAGUCGGUGCUGUUGUGGUGACGGACCUGGUUCAAGAUGUCUGGCUUCGACGACCCGGGGGUGUACUACAGCGACAGUUUCGGGGGUGCAGACGGAUCCGGCGCGGAUGAAGGCGGACAGAAGCGGAUCCAAAUCAAGAGACGGUUCCGUGAGUUCCUCCGGCAGUUCCGAGUGGGGACCGACCGAACCGGCUUCACGUACAAAUACAGAGAUGAGCUGAAGAGACACUACACCCUGCGCGAGUACUGGGUGGAGGUGGAGAUGGAGGACCUCGCCAGCUUUGACGAGGACCUGUCGGACUGUCUGUACAAGCUGCCCACUGAGAACCUGCCCCUGCUGGAGGAAUCUGCAAAAGAAGUAGCUGAUGAGGUGACCCGACCUCGGCCUGUGGGGGAGGAGGAGGUGCAGGACAUCCAGGUCAUGCUGAAGAGUGACGCCCACCAGGCUUCCAUUCGCAGCCUCAAGUCAGAGCAGGUGUCCCGCCUGGUGAAGGUGCACGGCAUCAUCAUCUCAGCCACAGCGGUGAGGGCGAAGGCCACCAAGGUGUGUCUGCAGUGUCGCGGCUGUCGAGCUGUCAUCAGCAACAUCCCUCUGCCUCCAGGCCUGCAGGGCUACGCUCUGCCACGCAAGUGCAACACUGAGGACGCCGGCAGGGUGAAGUGUCCUGUGGACCCCUACUUCAUCAUCCCGGAUCGCUGCGUCUGUGUGGACUUCCAGACGCUGCGCCUGCAGGAGGCUCCGGAUGCUGUGCCUCACGGAGAGAUGCCCCGUCACCUGCAGCUCUACUGUGACCGGUAUCUGUGUGACCGUGUGGUCCCAGGCAACAGGGUGACCAUUAUGGGGAUCUACUCCAUCAAGAAGAUGGCUGCUGCAAAGGCCAAGGGCAAAGAGAAAGGCAUUGGUGUGGGCAUUCGUGCAUCCUACCUGCGAGUGGUCGGCAUCCAGGUGGACACAGAGGGGGCAGGCCGUGGUGCGACUGGAUCAGUGUCUCCACAGGAGGAGGAGGAGCUGAGAGCUCUGGCGGCCUCUCCUAACGUGUACGAGUCCCUGGCGCAUUCCAUCGCCCCCUCCAUCUACGGCAGUGAUGACUUGAAAAAGGCCAUUACCUGUCUGUUGUUCGGAGGUUCGAGGAAGAGGCUGCCGGAUGGUCUCACUCGUAGGGGGGACAUCAAUCUGCUGAUGCUCGGAGAUCCGGGUACAGCAAAGUCCCAGCUGCUGAAGUUCGUGGAGAGAUGCUCACCUAUCGGGGUCUACACCUCUGGUAAGGGCAGCAGUGCAGCUGGUCUGACUGCCUCGGUGCUGAGGGACCCCGCCACUCGUGGGUUCAUCAUGGAAGGAGGGGCCAUGGUGCUGGCCGAUGGUGGCGUCGUGUGCAUCGACGAGUUUGACAAGAUGAGAGAGGACGACCGGGUGGCCAUCCACGAGGCCAUGGAGCAGCAGACCAUCUCCAUCGCUAAGGCCGGCAUCACCACCACCCUGAACUCCCGCUGCUCAGUUCUGGCUGCGGCCAACUCUGUGUUCGGUCGCUGGGACGAGACAAAGGGGGAGGACAACAUCGACUUCAUGCCCACCAUCUUGUCCCGAUUUGACAUGAUCUUCAUCAUCAAAGACCAGCACGACCAGCAGAGAGACAUGACUCUGGCCCGUCACGUGAUGAACGUUCACCUGAGUGCUCAGACUCAGACCGAGGGCGUCGAGGGCGAGAUUCCACUGGCAACCUUUAAGAAAUACAUCGCCUACGCCAGAGCUAAAUGCGGCCCCCGUCUGUCUGCGGCAGCAGCUGAGAAGCUGAAGAACCGAUACGUGGUGAUGAGAAGUGGAGCGCGAGAGCAUGAGAGAGAGACAGACAAAAGAGCCUCCAUCCCCAUCACUGUCAGGCAGCUGGAGGCCAUUGUGCGAAUCGCAGAGUCCCUGGCCAAGAUGAAGCUGCAGGUUGUGGCUGGAGAGGAGGAGGUCGACGAGGCCCUCAGACUCUUCCAGGUGUCCACGCUGGAUGCUGCGCUGUCUGGCAGCCUGUCAGGAGUGGAGGGCUUCACAUCUCAGGAGGACCAGGAGAUGAUCUCACGCGUCGAGAAGCAGCUGAAGAGACGCUUCGCCAUCGGCUCCCAGGUGUCGGAGCACAGCAUAGUGCAGGACUUCACCAAACAGAAGUAUCCUGAGCACGCCAUCUACAAAGUCCUGCACCUGAUGUUGAGGAGGGGCGAGCUUCAGCACCGCAUGCAAAGAAAAGUCCUCUACAGAGUCAAGUAACCCGCUCUGCCACACGGCCAUGUUGGUGUAAAUAGUUUGCUUCUGCAUUUGACAGUGGACCAGUCAGAACUUCUGAUGAUCUGCGUCGUGGUGAAACCUGUUCACUUCAAACCUGGAUUGACUCAGUUGACCCUGGAUUCACUGGUCAUGAUGUUUUGUAUAAGUAUGACUGUCUGCAUAGUGUAAAAAUAAAAAGCAUUUGAAAUCAAUAA